UUUACAGAGAAAAGGUUAAGUUGGGAACGUUAGUGAAUACCAGCCGUGGUGGGUGGCCUAGAAGCAACAGCAGAAAACAGGAAAUGAGGAUCAGUACACCAGCGUUUCUCUGUACUUUCAAUGCUCAUCUGGUAAUGUUUUGAGGGGGGGGUGAUUAGGGGGAGACAGCUGACCACUAUUUUCACUUUCGUAACGUCAUGCCGGCUCCUCCAAGCUCUAAAACAUCCAUAGAAACUAAAACUCCUAGAAACUCCAAAAACACUCUUACAGACUCAAAAACUCCCCUAUAAACCUCCCCCUCAAAAAAUCCCUAAUAGCUCAUAAACCACUAUUAUAACCUCAAAGUUCACAGAUAAACAUACUGAAACACACGUUAUUAUUAUUACAAAGCCUCCCUCUCCCCAGAAGAGAGCGCGAGCAUCACCGAUCAGCUGACUUUUGUUUACCUUGACACGACUCUACUCGGAUCUUGACGGGGCAGUAUUUUAACCCACUACUCACAUCAAACACCACACACUCCCCGCACACCACAGCCACAACCUCCACUACGCACACACAUCGCCGCAGCUGCAUUUUUAAGCCUCUGAGUGGCAAAAUCAGUAAAAAUAGGAGUGAUUUUCUGGCCACGGGCGGGUGUUGCUACUGACGAAGGGAGAGGAAGAAGAAAAGUGUUCUAAGAUUUUCACCAUGGCUACCUCGCUCCCCUCUGCUCCUUCAGGCUCUGCCACUACUGUUGUCGAACCUGAAGCCAUGACUCUUGGCCCAGAAGAACAGGUGUCAAGUGGAGUGGUCCGUCUCAAGCUACACAAGCCGAGGACCAAGAAAGUCAGCUGGACCAAUGAUACGGUUGACAACGAACACCUUGGGAAGAAGAAAUCAAAGUGCUGCUGUGUGUACAUCAAGCCACACGAGAUUGACGUGAGCAGCUCAGAGACAGAUGAGGACGAGUGUGAACAUUGCUCAGGCCAUGUGGAGAAAAAGAAGAAGAAGAAGAAGAGCGGACAGCCUCUUCCCAAUAGCCAAAGUGAGAGUGGAGGUGCCAGCAAGGAGAAGUGAAGGAGUACUACUUAAUAAGGUUCCGAAAGUGACUGUAUCUGUCUGAUCAGGUAUUAGGUAUCAGUCUGCCAUGUGGAGUGGAGGGAAGAGAAGGAAGGAAACAAAGCUGGAACACACCACUUCUUGUUGCUCGUGAUUGUUUUAGUUUUACGUUUGAUUUAACUUACAUGAUUGCCUCUUUUUUAUUUAUUGUUAUUGAGUUGUAUUGUGUAUGGUAUGACUCGGAAUGGUCAGUGUCAAGUUGCUUUUCCUGGUGGAUGGAUGGAGUCUGCGUGGUGGUGACAGACAGACAGACGCUCUGGUCUUGUCAGUGGAGGAUGUGUCGCCUGGCUUGGUGGAGGACAGAUGACACUCAUGGAUGUCUGAUAUGUGGCUUGUGGUGAGAUGAAGACUUGCAAUUUCAAACUUAUUAAUGGAAAAAAGGAAACUUUAUAUUCCUCAAAAACAUGAAAAAUUUAGAAUGCAUCAUAAGAAAAGUUAAUAAAGUUAAAACAUUUAUGAAAUAAAAAGUUUGGGUGAAAUUGAGAACUUGUCUAUGAACUAAGAAGUUUGUGUGAAAUUGAAAUCUUGUCUGUGAAGAAAGAAAAAAAAGAAAGAAGACUUCAUGUUCAAAAGAAAACAAAAUAAGAAGACUUAAAGAUUCAGAAAGUAUAUCAAUGAAAUUAAAAUUACCUUAUGAACUGAAAAUGUAAUGCAAGAUCGAAAAUUUAUUGCAAAAUAAAAAAAUAAAAAGAAAUAAGAAAAGCAAAACUUAUGAUUCUUAAAAAAAAAUAAGAAUGCAUAGUGAAAGGAAAAAAAAAAACAAGUAAAUUGAAAAUACUUAAGUUAAGAACUUAUAGUGAAUAAACAAAAUGAAACAUUACUUCAUAUUCCUUAAAGGAAAAUAUCAUGAAAAUUAAACAAAACUUCUCAAGUGGAUGAAAAAAAAGGAUUAUAGAAAUUGGUUUAAAAUAGACAAGCAGAUCAUAUCAAACUUCGUUUAGAAAGGAAAAAAAAGCAACCAUUUCAAACUCUAAAUAACUGAAAUAUUGAACAGACUAAACAAAACAGAAACAAAGUAAAAAAAAAAACAUGAAUCUAUGAAAAAAAAAAAAAUCAGUUCCAAACAGAAAAAGCAAAAAUAUUGGAUACAGUAAACAAAGUAAAAUAUAUACGAGUCUAGGGAAAAAAAGUAACCAUUUCAAACACAGAAAACUAAAAUAUCAGAUAGACUAAAUAAAACUGAAAUAAACAAAACAUAAAUGCGAGUUUAUGGCAUUUGACUCCUGGCUUCUCUGUGCAAAGCAAAGAAAUACACAACCUGCAUGCAAGCCAUUUAUUAAUGUAGAUACACAUAGUGGUGGGUGUUACGGAGUGUUACAGACGUGUUAUGGGGUGUUACACAACUUUCAGAGUAAUGGGGGAGUGAGAGUACGUAUUUCUGUAUUAUAAUGAGAGGAUAUUUUUGAUAAAGAGUUUACAGUUGUGUGUCAUGUUACUGAGCAUAAAUACAAGUGUUUGAGUGAGUGCUGGAGAGAGAGAGAGAGAGAGAGAGAGCAUGUGUGGCUCCAGUAUUGUACUGUUGUGGAGAAGAAAGUGAGAGAGAGAGAGAGAGAGAGAGAGAGAGAGAGAGAGAGAGAGAGAGAGAGAGAGAGAGAGAGAGAGAGAGAGAGAGAGAGAGAGAGAGAGAGAGAACAUGUGUGGCUCCAGUAUUGUACUGUUGUGGAGAAGAAAGUGAGAGAGAGAGAGAGAGAGAGAGAGAGAGAGAGAGAGAGAGAGAGAGAGAGAGAGAGAGAGAGAGAGAGAGAGAGAGAGAGGUUCCAAUUAUUGUAUUGUAAAGGUAAUAAUUCAGUUUGGAUGUUUAAGGAUAACUGAGUGGUGGAAGUAUGGGGAAGUGUGUGAGAGAGAAAGGGAAGGAGAGAGAGAGAGAGAGAGAGAGAGAGAGAGAGAGAGAGAGAGAGAGAGAGAGAGAGAGAGAGAGAGUUCCAGUAUUAUAAGGUAAUGGCUAAGCUUUGGACAUGUACAGGCAGCUACGUAAAUUGUUCCCUGAAGGACUGUUCUUGACGAGCUUUCAAAAUUUGACGAGUUUGCAUGGUAGCGAGUUUGUUUAUGUUGUAUCUUUGGUGGAUGGUGAAGUGAAAAUGUGAGCCCUAAAAUUUUCAUUCUUUUUCUUUUCCUUUUUAUAAAAACUCAUAACUUUAGUCUCGAAUGAAUUAUGAAAUGGAAAUGUGGCCUUUUUUUUUCUUUUAAUGUAAUAAUCUCAGUUUACUUAAGUGAGUCUUUGUUUACAUAAAAGCCACUUUGGUCUUAAUUAAGUGAUGAAAUGGAAAUCUAGUGAUUUUUUAAAUGCCAUAAGAUUCUGGUUUAAGCUGGAAUUAAGUAAUGAGAUGAAAAUCUAACGUCUUUUUUAUUUGAAAGCUUUUUAAGUUAUUAAUAUAGUGGAAACCUGAUUAAUCUCUUUUUGUAUAAUAGGUUUUUAAGUUUAGUCUCAAUUGAGUGAUAAGAUGGAAAUUGUCUUUCUAAAUAUAAUUAAGCCUCUUGUAUAAGUGAUGAAGAUAUAGUGAAUGUUUAUUUAUGUAAAAGGCCCAUAACUUUCAUGAAUCUUUGUUUUACACAAUACUCUCUUCAGUUUAUUUUCUUGCAUGAGUGAUGAAGUGAAAAUAUAAUAAAUUUGUGUGUAUCAGCAAAGAUUUCUGUGAGCUUUGAGUUAUAAAUGGGAAAAUAAAAGUGCAGUGAGUCUAAAACUUUGGAAAAGUCUCAUCAAUUAAAAAGCAAUGAAACAAAUGUAACAAUUAUAUUUAAGUAACAGCCUCAGUUUAUAUUCUUGAAUAAAAGCAAUAAAUGGAAAAUAAAAUGUGGUACAAGUUGAAGAAGUUAAAAUUAUAACACUGCUAAGAAAGAGAGAGGGAGAAAAAGAAUGAGGAUGUGUUGAACAGAUAAAAUUACAAGAGAGAAAGAGAGAGAGAGAGAGAGAGAGAGAGAGAGAGAGAGAGAGAGAGAGAGAGAGAGAGAGAGAGAGAGAGAAACAAACACUUCAAGAGACCAAGAAAACAUGUGGUGAAGGAACUGCAGUUUGUCAAAGGAAGCAUUUAUCGCAUGGACCAUAUUCUGAAACACUUCAGUACCGCACCUCCACUACAUUCAAAAGCCUCUGGUUGAAGCUACACAGGUUUUCAAGGAUGUUUUUAUGGUUCUAGUGGCAGAUUAACAAGAUUUCAACUCUAUUAAUAGGAGGAACACUCUUGAAAACCUGGCUAAUCAUCUUUGUUACCCUUGAAAAUAUUCAUGGUGAAAUUACAUGAGUCUUUAAGGAUAAUUUUUAUGGUUCUAGUGACAGAUUAACAAGAUUUCUACACUAAUAACAGGAGAAACACUCUUGAGAACCUGGCUGAUCAUCUCUGUGGUCUUUGAAAACAAUCAUAGUGAAGUUACACAAGUCUUUAAGGGUAUUUUUUAUGGUUCUAGUGCCACAUUAGCAAGAUUUCUAUACUAUUAACAGGAGAAACAUUCUUGAGAACCUGGCUAAUCAUCUCUGUGGCCUUUGAAAAUAGUUGUGGUAAGAGAGUAGUGUUUCAGAAUAUGGACCAGUACUCUGCCAGUCUAUCCUAAGCCAACCACUGCUCCUGACACUCCCUACACUCCACUAGCUCACCAGUCUGUCCGUGAAGUGCAUGGAUGUGACUGUAGUGAGAGAGUGGAGAUGGCUUUGAUUUGGUUUUCAAUCCCUUCACUGUUGUGUCUGUCAUCAUACACUUGUUGUAAUCUUGUGAUGCCCUGAGUGAUAUUAAACUGAUGCUGUGAUAUUGGAGCUGAAAGAAGGGCAGAAAAUAAUAUAUAGGUAAACCACUUCAUCUUCCUCAUUAAAAAGAAGAAAAAAUAGUAUAAACAAGUGAUAUUUAGAUAAAUAAUGUAUCUUCCUCAUAAAAAAGGGAAAAAAAUAGUAUAAACAAGAGGUAUUUAGGUAAAACAACUUCAUCUUCCUUGUUUAAAAAAGAAAAACAUAGUAUAAAAAAAAGAUGUUUAGAUAAACAACUUCUUUCUGAUAAAAAAAGGUUAAAAAAAAUAGGAAAAACAAAACUUCUUGAAUGAAUGAGAACAAAAAGGCAAGUGAAUAUGACAGUGUUUGCUGGAGCAUAAGCAUAUUUGGACAAACAACUUCAUCUUCCUCAUAAAAAAAAUAAAUAAAUAAAAAAAAUAGGAAAAGUAAAACUUCUCAAAUGAAUAGGAAAAUAAAAUACAAGUGAAUGCAGCAGUGUACUCUGAAGCAUGUGCAUACCAGCCAGUCACAUUCCUUGGGAUGAGUCACCAUUAAAACUAUUCUCCUUUGAAACUGAACCAUUAAAACUAUUCUCCUUUGAAACUAAACAGCACAAAUUAUGUAUGCAAAUUAUAUCUUUCCCUCCCACCCUUUUUUUUUUUUUUUUUUUUUUUUUUUUUUUUUUUUUUUUUUUUUUUUUUUGACACCCCGAUGUGUGGUGGUGUGAAGUGUGCUGGUGGGUGUGCUUGGGUAUACAGUGGACAGAGUUACGUAUAGGCAGUAUAGAUAAUGAGGAUAAAUUUGUAUCAAAAAGUCAUUUCUUCUUUCUGGACUUUCUCCACCACCUUUCAUCCAUUCGGUUGUUGAUUUUUUUUAUUCUUCUUCUCUUUUAUGCGAAAGUAGUGUCUAAGGGUAACAUAAUUUAGAUAUAUGUAAACAAAAAAAUGCCUCAAUAUGAUUCCUAACAUCAACACCCAAUAUAAUUACUAUUGACAAUAUAUAUUACUACCGUGAUCAGUAAUUUCUGUAUGUAAUUAAUAUUUAUAAUGUAAACACCAUCAGUCCAUAUUCACAACUAAAAACAAGCAUGACUGUAGGUCUUACUGAUAUAAGUACUUCUUGAUGUCAACACCCAAUGUUACUUCCCUCAACUGUCAAAAUUGUCUAAACAUCUAUGAUUUACAAUUCCUAUACAUUACUCAUAUCUAGGGUAAACACCACCAGGAAAGACAUAUUUAUAACCAAAACAAAACAUGACUGCCAUGCUUAGUAAUUCCUACAUAUUACUGAUAUUCAUAGAUAAUGUAAACACUACCAUUAGUACAUAUAACCAAAACAAAAUGUGAUUAAAGGUACAUCUCAGUGAUAUACUUCCUUACAUCAACAGCCAAUGAAGUGAAAGGGGACAGAGGCUGACUGACAGAGUGAGUUACUUCUCAAUGCAAAUUUAUCCUCAUUAUUUGAACAGUCUAUAGCACAGUUGUCCAGUUAGUGAUGCCACAGAGGUCUGUAUUCUCAAAUGUUUCAAUAUCUUAUCUUGAUUAAUUUUGGCAUGUUGUAGUGGAUGUUAUUGUGAUAUUCAAGGAUGUCUGUGCUAACAUUAGGAAACAAAAUGCCCAUGAGAAAGAAUCCAACUAAUCAUCUCUGUGGCUUUGAAAACAUUCCUGGUGAGAGUGUAAAGCAUUUCAGAAUACACUAUGAAGUCAUGUCAGGUAAACAAGGCAAAGUGUAAUAAAGAAAACACUUGUUACUUCCUCUACUGUUGGUGAUGGGAAGCUGUACAUUGACUAAAUCCGAAACACAGUGCUUGGCGAUAGUUUCAUGGCCAGGGUUAAGGGGACACCUCCAGAAAUGUCUGCUAGGUAAGACUGCAUAAUAAUUUGUUACAACUCAUUAAAUUACAUAGCUGGGAGACGAAAUCCAUUCACUAUGCACUCUUUUAUGUUGAAAGGAACCACUCAUAAGAUCAGAGUUACCAUGUGGAACGAAGUCAAGUGAAGUGCUGGUUCCAUGGUUUGUUUUCACUGUUCGCUGGCUAGAUCUUCCAGUAUAUUUUACAAGGAGCAUCAUCACUGUGUCUUUUCAUUAUGAGCGUUCACAUUUUUCGGUUCUAAAGAACAGAAUAAAGCAUAGUUGUGUAGCAAGUAUGUGUGAAUUGCUUGUAUAUUCCUAUUACUCCAGCUCAUGUGAAGGUUUGUAUUCUUAAAUGUUUUGGUACCUUGUAUGCUACUCUUAACAGGCUCUAGUGGAUGUUGUUGGGGUUCUCAAGGCUACUUCCAUGUUUCCAGUGGGAGAUGAACAGGUUUUCUCAUUUCUUCUGUUUGCUUAAUGUACGCCAGUGUAAGUUAAAAAGCAGCCAUGAGAACCUGGCCAAUCAUCUGUGGCCUUUAAGAACAGUCCUACAAGAGCAGAAAUCAUUUAAGAACACAGAUUAGAGAUACACCGCUGUAGUGCUGUGGUAAACUCUGUGUUCUCUAGGCUGCACCAUGUCUCUGUGCUGCUCCACACUACUACACACUAACCCUGCAUAUCUGUGGACAUCGGCCGAGUGACACACCACACUCCUGUGUUUAAGUCUUGCCUCAAACUUACUCCAGGAUUCAGGUUUUUUAAGGCAAUCUGCUCAGAGGAGUUAUAGUUGAGGUAGAAGAUGAAACAGUGUACAUUAGUGUGGAAUCUACAGAAUUUGUCAUAUGAUCAGUAGGUGAGUGUGGAGAUUCAGUAUAAGAAUGGAGAAGGCUGAGAAACUUAUGUAGAUUUGUGGAACUGAAACACUGAGUUAAUUCAAUGAUACAAAAUUCCAGCUGCUUAGAAGCUUAUGUAGAUGUGCUGAACUAAAACACCAUUUUUUGCUAUAGGCAACUCUGUAAUACAGAAUUACAGCUGCUUAGAAAUUUUUGUAGAUGUAGACUGAAACACCAUCCUGCUACGGUCAGUUCACUAAUACAAAAGUCCAGCUCGUGUAGAUGUGCUGAGCUAAAACACCAUCUUUGCUUGAAUCAAUUCUAUGAUAUGAAAUUCCAGCUCCUUAGAAACUUAUAUAGAUGUUAGGAAGUAAAGCACCACCCUUGCUUGAAUCAAUUCAAUGAUAUGAAACUCCAGCUGCUGAGAAACUUGUGUAGGUGUGCUGAGCUAAAACACCAUCCUUACUCAAGUCAGUUCAGCAAUACAAAACUACAAAUAAACAAUACUCAGCCCCCACACUCACCCACUGAUAGCACAACAAGGCCUCUACUCAACCCAGAUCACCACCUCCCUAUCACUACCAGCUUCUUCGUGACUGUGGUUUGUUUAUGUUCAUUUGCUCCUCGUGUUUGGUGUCCAACAUUGACGUAGAAUGUCCGAGUCUCUGUGGCAGGGCGGGAAACAAAGAGCAUAUCAUGUACAUAGGUUUAAUUAAUUGCACUGAGCAGCCAUUCGGAUUCCACGCAAGGUUAGUGUUGUUGUCAUUAUCGGUACAUACGUGCAUACAUUGUAGUGCAUUUGUUCGUUCGUUUGUUCGCCCACCUGUGUUCAUUUCUCGAGUAUUUUCUGUCUAUACAUAUCGUCGUUUUGGUGUCGUGUGGUAGUUGAUUUUUUUUCCCAGUUUGUUUGUUAUUCUGUAUUCCUAGGGAUGUUGUUGUUUUCCUUAUCCUGUAAUGUGUUGCUGAAUUUCAAAUGUUCACUGGCAGUUUCAGAGAUGUGUGUUAUUUGUUGUGUUUGCCAUGUUCCAUGUUUUGGUUUACAUCUCUUUACCAUCUCUUUACCAUCUCUCUCUCUCUCUCUCUCUCUCUCUCUCUCUCUCUCUCUCUCUCUCUCUCUCUCUCUCUCUCUCUCUCUUUUACAGUUGUAUUUCAUAUUUCUUAUUUUCUUUCCUUGGUUUAAUUCUCAUGACUAAUGUUAUUGACUUUUACCAGAUCACAAAUAUGUAGAAUCAUUUCAAAUUUUUUUUUUUUUUUUUUUUUUUUCCCUAUUUUGUGUUCAUUAACUGUAUUUUACUUCUUGAUUUCAAUGUCCUUGGUUAACUUUCCAUGAUUUUUAUUAUUAUUAUUGGCAUUUACCAAAUCACAAAUACACACAACCAUUUCAUAUUCUUUUUUUCUUACUAUUUCACUUCUUAAUUUGUGAAUCCUUGAUUCACUUUGUGUGAUUUAUAAUAUUGGCAUUUACUGAAUCACAAACCUUUCAGAAAUUAAAGUCCUGUCUGCACUUUGAGUCCAAUAACUGUAUUUCACUUCUUGGUUUCUGCAUUUUUUGUUUAAGUUUGUGUGAUUAAUAUUAUCAGCAAUUACUGAAUCACACACAACCAUUGGAGAUUUUUUUUUCACUACAUUUCCAUCAGGUCUAUUUCGUGUCUUGUUUUCUGAUCCAAUGAUUAAGUUCCCGUUUUAUAUUAUUGGCCAUUAACUGAAUCACACAACCAUUUUAAAAAAUUCACAUUGUUCCACUUGGCUUUCAUCACUGCUAUUUCAUCUCGCUUUCUGAUCCUUUGGUUAAAUUUCUUUGAUUUAUAUUAUUAUUCAUUGAAUCACACACCACCAUUUCAAAACUUUACAUCAUUCCAUUUGUUUUUUAUCAAUGCUAUUUUGCCUUACUUUCUGAUCCUUAAGUUCCUUUGAUUUAUACUAGUUGUCAUUGAAUCACACACAGCCACUUCAGAAGUUCACAUCCUUUCACUUUGUUUCCAGCCACUCUGUGUCAUGUCUUGCUUUCCAUUCCCUUGGUUUGAUUCCCAUGAUUGCCUAACAUUAUCAGCAAUGCGCCAUGUAGAUAGCUCAUCCUGUUUUUUUGUUCUGACCUAUAGUCUCCUCAAUAACAUGUCUUUCGUAGUGACAUGAGAAUGUAUAGUUACACUUUUUUAUGCCCCAAACUGUGCCCUUAGAUGUGGAGUUUGAAGUGUGUUGUUGUUCCUUUGGAGUUGUUAUCCUGAGGGGGGAGCUUAAAGAAAUGUAAAUAUAUGCUCUCAUCCUGCUGCAAAGCUAUCUGUAAUGUGUUGAUGGUGAAUCAAAACUGUGUGCCAAACAGUUCCAUUACCAGAAGACAUGUUAGUAUUGUUUCUUUCCAGUACCAAAGAGAUAAUAAAAGCAAACCUGAGUGUUCAUACUGUAAGAAGAACAAUCAGAUGUUGACCUAUGAAAAAUAUAAUAAUAAUAAUAAUAAUAAUAAUAAUAAUAAUAAUAAUAAUAAUAAUAAUAAUAAUAAUAAUAAAACUUACUACAUACCUUA